AUGGCGGCUAACGUAGUGCAAGCCCUGGCCGCUGUCCUCACACUGCUGGUGAUCACAAGAGCGCUAUGGUAUCUGCUUUGGAGGCCAUACGCUGUGGCCAGGUGGUUCGAGCAGCAGGGCAUCAGAGGUCCGCCUUACAAAUUCCUGGUUGGGUCCCUGCCCGACUGCCAAAGGAUGCUCGUUGCCGGGAGAGUCAAGGAUCUGGACACGAGCUCCCACGACUGCAUCACCACCGUGCAACCCUUCUUCCGGAAAUGGGCCUCACUGUAUGGAAAAACAUUCCUGUACUGGUUGGGACCGACACCAGCACUGUGUACUACAGACAUAGAAAUAGUGAAGAAAGUGUUAAGCGACAGGACAGACAUGUUCCAAAAAGAUUACUUGAAUCCCAGUUUGGAAGCAAUUCUAGGGAACGGGGUAAUAUUUGCAAACGGAUACGACUGGAAGCGGCGCCGCAAAUUCAUCCACCCGGCUUUCAGCCAAGAGAAGAUCAAGUCCAUGUCAGCAAUAACGUUGGAGUGCACACAGCAGAUGAUGGAACAGUGGCACACUCAAAUGCAGGAGAGCAACAUGCAGCAAGCCGAGAUCGACAUGAGGUACGACUCCGAUGACAUAGCAAUGCGUGUCAUAGCACGAGUGAUGCUGGGCAAGAACUACAGGGAGGCCUGGGAAGUGUUCAUGGCAGGAAGGGAGCAACUGAAGCUCGCCGCGUAUGCAUUUGCGGAUCCUCCAGUACCUGGAUUCAGGUACCUGCCGACACGUCGCAACCGUCGGACCUGGCAACUCGACAAGCUUGUGAGAAGCAAGAUUACAGAGAUCAUAAAGGCGCGGCUUGCUAGCAGUGUCUAUGGAGACGACCUGCUCGGGCAGAUGUUGUGGCUGCAGAGGUCGGGUGCUGGCGCCAACGCCGAGACCCUGAGCACGGAGGAGAUGGUCGGCGAGUGCAGGACCUUCUUCAUGGCUGGGUACGAAACCAGCGCCAACCUCAUUACCUGGGCCAUGUUCCUGCUCGCCAGCCACCCACGGUGGCAGGAGAUGGUCAGGGACGAGGUCGUCCAGGAGUUUCCUGCUCACAAGCCACCCUUAGGUGACGGCCUCGGCAAAUUGAAGCUGCUCAACAUGUUACUCUGGGAGACAUUGAGGCUCUAUGGCCCCCUAUCAUUCCUGCAGAGGAAGACAGCCUCAGACACAAUCCUCACACAUGUGAAGGUGCCGAAAGGAACGAUGAUAACGAUACCUCUGGUGAUGUUGCACCGGGACAAAGAGGUCUGGGGACCCGACGCCGACGAGUUUAACCCAAUGAGGUUCCAGAAUGGCUUCGCGAGAGCCGCCAAGCAUUCACAUGCACUGCUGGCCUUCUCGUAUGGGCCUAGGGUCUGUGUCGGGCAGAACUUUGCCAUGGUGGAGGUGCAGAUCGUCAUAGCGACGAUGCUCAAAAGUUUCUCCUUCUCCCUGUCCCCCACUUAUGUGCACAAGCCGAGCAAUUUCGUCACAUUGACGCCCAAGUACGGGCUCCCUCUCAUCGUGAGGAACCUGCAGCUGACUAGGUGA